CUCUUUCUCAUAUCCGGACCUCAUAAUCUGUACUGAGAAAAUAUUAGGUAGUCCUACCUCACCAGCACAUCAAUCUAGCUGGUGAGAAAAUACCAAUAAAAAUUUGUCAAAUCAUUCGUGUGAGCCCUCAUCACUCUCUAGCAUUUAACCUAACGAUUGUCCUCUUUCCAGGAAAAAAAAAAUCCUUCCUUUUUCCUUCAUCUUCUGUUCUCCUCUCUCCUGUACAUCUCCAUCGUUUAUUCUCUCCCCCAGUCUUCUCUCUCUCUCUCUCUCUAGAAAAUUCGGACGCCAUCUCGCCGGCUCAGUGGAAAUCGACCGCCAUUUCCAUCGUGUCUUCCAUCAUCCUCCUCUCCCUACCUAGUCUGUUCUAUCUCGCCUCCCUCGAUGGAAAAUUCGAACACCAUCUUGUCGGUCUCCAUGGAAAUCGGUCGUCAUCUCCUCGGAGACCUCAUUUCUCUUUGAAAUUUUGCUUGAUUUUGCCUAAUACCAACUGGGCUAGUCAGCCUCCUCUCAUUUUUCUUGUUCACCGGUUUAUUUAUUGGUGGGCUGAAUCUGCAGGAAGCAGAAAGGCAGCAAGGAAGUGUAGUUGGGUCUGUUCUGGCUACGAGGGCUAAUUUAAUUGGUUAAUUGACAUUGUUCAAAAGAGAAGAAAUGCAGCCAAGGAGAAGAAGAUGAAGAAAUCUGGUCUUUUAGGGGAAGUGAAUAAGCAGCAGAGCUUGCAGGAAGAGGGAAGUUCUUCAAUUUUGCAACGUGUUUCUUUUCUUUUUUUUUUGGGUUAAUGAAAAUCAAAAUCUCUGCUAAUUAGAGAUACGAAAUUACGUUAUCUCCCUCUUAUUUUGUUGAUUUUGUUCUUGAUUCUUCCCUUUCUUAGCUAUUCUAAUUUGUCUGAGGUUUUUUUCUCAGGUUAACGCAGUCCUCAAAGUGAAGACCAAAAUUGAGCAAAAGACUCAACUCCAAGCGUUAUUGUACGAGAAGUGAAUAAGGACUUGGAAUUACUAGUCGGUCAGAUUUUUAAUAGCGAGGAAGAGGCUUACAAUGCAUACAAUUUGUAUGCCUUCAAUAAGGGAUUCAGCAUUCGCAAAGGUAAGAAAUACUACAAUUGCACCGGUGAACUGCGAACUUGCAUUUUUUUGUGUAGCUGUCAAGGGUUUGGACCUCAAGAUUCUUUUGAGCAAGAUCGAAAAUAUGAAAGGACUAUAAAGAGAUGUGGAUGUGGAGCUUACGUGAAAUUCAAAAUUGAGAAUGGAAUAUGGGAAUUGAUUGAGAAUUUCUAUACACAUAAUCACCCAUUUAUUGAUGAUAGUCAAAAACAUCUAAUGAGAUCGUGUAGGAAGAUAACUGAAACAAGUCAAAGUGUUCUUAGUUCUAUGGCACAAGCGGGUAAUAGAGCUACAAGGGCAUUUUCCUACCUUAAGAAUGAGUCCGGAGGGUCUAAGAACAUUAGUUUCAUCUUAAGAAACUGUCAUAAUUUCUUACAAUAAAAAAGAAGAGAGGCAUUUAGUGCAGGAGAUUGUCAAAAUGUCAUGGACCAUUUCAUUAGCUUACAAAAUCAAGGAAAUAAUGUUUAUUACUCCUUGCAAGUGGAUGAUGAGUCUAGAAUGACUAAUCUUUUUUGGUGUGAUGAACUGUCAAAAUAUGAUUACCAAUGUUUUGGAGAUGUUGUGCUCUUUGAUUCUACCUAUCGUACCAAUAAAUACAAUAUGAUAUGUGCUCUAUUUGUAGGUGUCAAUCAUCACUGGAAAAACGUUAUUUUUGGUUGUACAUUUCUUUUAGAUGAAACAAUUGCUUCCUUUGUUUGGGCAUUUCAAACUUUUCUACAUGCAAUGGGGAAAGCUCCUAAAACCAUAUUUACUGAUCAAGAUCAUGCUAUGGCCAAGGCGAUUGAAAUAAUAUUUCUUGAAACAAAGCAUCGUCUGUGUACAUGGCAUAUUUCUAAGAAUGCUGCACAACACAUUCCCCAUCUUUUAUCUAAACCCAAAUUUAAGCAAAUAUUUUGUUCGAGACUUUUGCAUGGUUGUGAAUCUAUAUGUGAGUUUGAAAGCACUUGGAGUGAAAUGGUUAAGGAAUGAGACCUUGCAAAUAAUAAAUGGCUGAAUCGUUUAUAUGAAUUGCGUCAUAAAUGGUCUCAUGUUUUCAGUAAUGAUACUUUUUCAGCAGAAUCUACUCAAAGAAGUGAAAGCACAAACAAUGUUUUUCAAUCUAUGGCUAGUAAAGUGAUGUCCUUAACUGAGUUUGUCAAUCAUUAUGAAAAGCAACUAGAAAAUAUGCGAGAUGUUGAAGUUUGUGAUGAUUUUGAAUGUGCCAGAGGAAAACAAAAGCUUGUAGUAAGGGAUAACGGUUUAUUGAAGCAUGCAUCUGAUGAGUAUACUCAUGUAAUUUUUAAGAAGUUUCAAGAUGAAUUUUUACAAAGCAUGUCUGUAUUCAUUGUGAGUUCGGAUAUAGGGGGUCCAAUGCACUCAUAUACUUUAGCAAAUGAAAGCAAAAUGGAGCAUGUUGUGAAUUUCAAUUCAAUUGAUUGCACUCUUACCUGCAGUUGCAAACUAUUCGAAUCAUUAGGAUGGUUAUGUAGACAUGCUUUACAUAUAUUGAACUUCGCAAAGAAGUGUCCAAGUAUUCCUUCUCAGUAUAUUCUAGAAAGAUGGACCAAAUUUGCAAAGGAAAGAAUUUCUAUUGAUAUUGAUGGCUCUUGCCCCAAAAAUGUAUCCAAGUCAUCAAAGACCAUGCGUCUUAAUAGAUUAAUGCGACAUGCUUUUGCUGUUAUGAGUUUGAGUGUGGAUGAUGAUGAUACUGAAAAAUUAGCACAACAAAGCUUGAAUGAACUUGAGAAAGAAUUGAAAAAUUUAAAGGCAACAAAGGGGCAAACAAAACAUAAUAUAUUGGCAAAUGGAGAUGCUAAAACUACUAGUUUUGGGCGUGAAAAUGAAAUGCGAGUGCUUGAUCCAAUGCAAAUGAGACCAAAGGGAGUACCUAAUAAAAGAAUAAAGCAUAGUCUUGAGAAGCGGAAGAAAAGAAAGUCCAAGAAAGAAGACCUAAGACAAGCAUCAGCGAAUCACAAUAAUCCCUUGACUCCAGAGCUGCCGAUAAAUGCAACCAUUUCUAUGGAUCUUAUGAGGUCAAGAUACUUGAAUCAGAACAUGCAGUAUAACACCACUGUAAUGCAUGGAAAUAGCCCCCUCGGUAUGAAUUUCGGAAGUCAGGUCUUAGAUGAUAGUAGCAGAGUCCAUCAUUUGAUCACAAUUCCAGAUUUAAAUGAAGACCUCUCUAUCUAAUUAGGCGAUAAUGCAAGGAUGGGCGAGCAAGGAUUCUCUCAUAGUAUAAGGAGAUAAUUGUUUAGAUUUAUAUAUUUCAGGAGAUGGUAUUUGGAUGAUAUUUUUGAGGGCAAUAACACCAGUUCUGAAAUUAGUUCUUCCAAACCUUAUUCGAAUCCAAUUAUGUUAUUGAAGGUCAUGGAUAUGUAAUUCGAUCAUAAAAUUUUUCUUUUUAUGUUCUAUAUUAUUACUUAAUAACUAUUAUUGUGAGCGAA